AUGAUGAGCACACCUGUCAAAGUAGGGGGAUAUGUGAGAGUCAAUCCUACUGUCACUUUGCCCACCAAAGCCCAACCUUCACAUGUGCAAGGUGGAAAUCAGGAUACAAUUUCUGAAACACAUGAGCCAAUGUCAGGGGAUGGUGAGGAGUCCCUGUUGCUGAGCAGGGUCACAAAAAGUCUGUAUUCCUUCUCAAGGUUGCCACCAGCUGUUACCCCCAAUGACAGUGAAGAGGAUGAACAAGCUGUUGAGAGUAUGGUGCAAGCUGAAGGUGAUCUGGUCUCAGAGAACCUGGUGGAUCAUGAUGGUCACCAAGCUGUUGAAAAUAUGAUGGACUCCAUUGUCAUGAUGAUGUUGAGCAUGAAAGUGCAUCAGAGGCAUGACCUUAAACACAAACAAACCCUGAGAGAAAUCUGUGCUGGCAAUUAUGAUACUGAUAACCAUCCUUCCACACCCCCUCUCCCUUCUCUGUCCUCAUCAGAAGAAGAAGAAGGAGCUGCUGAUACCAAAGGCAACACUGACAGCUCUGUGACCAGGAGGCAUAGGGAAGCCAAAGGGAAAUCUCAUGCCCUAGCCAACACAUCCUCUGAAGAUGAGGAUGGACCUACCAGUGACCUCAGUCAAUGCAAGGAUGCAUCCAGUGCAGAAGCAGGCUUACUGCACUUCAAACCAGGGCAGCUUCCCUUGGAAGCCAUACAAAAGGCACAGGCACUUGGCAUGUGCACCACUCAAGAAGCCCAGGUGAUUGCAGAUGAGUAUGGCAAGACUCUUGGGUCAAUCAUGGCUGCUGCUGGUCUUACCACAAAGGCAACUUGUGCUGAAUCUGUGUGGAACAUGGAUCAGGCUUGGUAUGCACAUACCAAUCCAAAAGCAUCUGCAGAGGAAACAAAAGACUACUAUAGGUGUCACACCAAGCACUAUGAGGACCAUAAAGAUGAGGAUGAACAUCCUCAACUGUGGGCUGAGAUCUGGAAGUAUUGGAGUGAGUAUGCACAAACUUGGUGCAAUGUGGAGGGCAUACAUGUCUUUGGAUGUGUAAUUUAUAGUGGGAGUGAUGAAGCUGCAUGUCAAUCCCAAGGAAUUUUUGCUGGAUCCUCCCUUCUCAUGCAGCUUAAUACUUGUCUACAAUUAUCAAGUGUGAAAUCCUUAACUCUGCUGCUUCAGUGCCUCUUCUUGACUUUAAUGUGCUGUCACAGCCCUGUUAUGACUGUGCACUGGGAUUAA